AUGAUUCUUAAUCCUGAAAAUCCCUCUGAAGCUGAUAAAAUUGUUGUGGCUAAUGAUGGUAAAACUAAACAUGUUAUUUACUGUGCUUUGAAGCAACAAGAGUUCACUAGAGUCAAGAAUUGCAAGUCAGUUAAAGAAAUAUGGGACUCUCUUCAGGCUGCCCACGAAGGAAGUACUGUCAUUAAAGAAAACAAGAUUCAGCUCUAUAAUGUUCAAUAUGAAGCUUGUAAGAUGGAGGAAAAGGAAACUGUAGCUGAGUAUUUGUUUAGGAUCAAUGACAUUGUCAACAAUAUGAAAUCCCUUGGUGAAGACAUUAAAGACUCUGAUGUUUGCAAGAAAAUACUUAGGUCUCUUACACCUAGAUUCAAUGCAAAGGUUACAAUUCUUGAGGAUAAAGACUUAUCUUAA